AUGCGGGUGUUGGAGCUCUUCAGCGGCAUCGGAGGCAUGCACGCAGCGAUGAUGGAGGCAGAGGUGAAGGCAGGAGAGAUCGUGGCGUACGACACUUCUUUGAUUUGCAACAAGACUUACGAGCUAAACUUCAUCCACUCCCCGGCACCACUCAACAGAUGCGCUGUCAGAGCGAAACUUGUCGAACAGCUGGAAGUAGAAGACUUGGAAGGGUUCGACUUGUGGACUAUGUCCCCCCCAUGCCAACCAUACUCGACAACAAAAGCUGCCAACCAGCGUGACGACCUUGACCCGAGGAGUCAAGGGUUGCACCACAUCAUAAAGCUUCUGUUGGAUGUAAAGAAUCCACCAAAGUGGAUCUUGCUUGAGAAUGUAAAAGGAUUUCAUGGAUCCAAAAUGCAGAACAAGUUCCUGGGGGCAAUAGAACAACGUGGAUUCUCGUGGCGACAAUUCCUGUUGAAUCCGAUACAGGUCGGCAUACCUAACAACCGUCUCAGGUAUGACAUGUUACUCCGUGCCACGUGCGAUGACUGGCAUUACAAGGGCGAUUUGUUCACGGACGUGCCUGAGACCUCUGACCAGCGUGCAGAGGCAAUGAAUGGGGAAAGCUCAAAAGAAGAGCGGAGUGUGCGGAGGCUGAGAGAAUUCUUGGACGAGGAGCUCGGGCCGGACGAUCCUCAAGAGCUAGUCACUCCAGCCUCCAUCCUAGAAAAGCCGUGGGCCCGGGGCCUCUCUUAUGUUGGGCAGCAUGACACGACGACUUUCUGCUUCACGGGGUCCUAUGGGAAGGUAUACCACAAGUCAUCGGGGUCGAUGCUAUACAUGCAUGCCGAUCAUGCGCUAGCGGAAGUUGCCCUCGACAAGGAAGACAUGACCCGCCAUAUUGGAAGAAUCCGUUUAUUUUCACCAAGAGAGAUUCUGAAUCUGAUGGGCUUUCCAAAGGGCUUCAAGUUUCCAGAAGGGCUGACACUGCGACACAAGUAUAAACUCGUGGGCAACUCAAUCAACGUGACGGUGGUUGCACUUCUCUUCAAGUUUUUGAUCCCUCCGAGUAAAGACGAGCAGUGA